CCCGGAAGCAAAGUGACGGCGACAGAAGUGUUCCUCGGAGGGAGGAUGCUCAAGACGUUUCCCCUGGCCGCCUCUUCCGUCGUGUCACUCUUCUCUUCAACUGGUCUCAUCGGCCUUCCGGCUCACUACUACGCGUACGGAUGGCACAUGACUUGGUCCUUCCUGACGCCCCUGUUCUGCAUUCCUUUUGGUACCCACGUUUUUAUGCCCGUGCUCUACAGGCUUCGCAUCACAUCGAUAUUCGAGUCAAUCGUCGGCGCCUCUUCUGUGUUUGCUGCAUCGCUGGCGCUUGUUACAGUUACAGCUUUGACUUAAUACGCGAAGAAACAAUCUGGUCUUGCUUACUCGGCUCUACGGCAAUGUCAAUAUAUCGUCUAUGCCUGGACCAAAUGGUGGCGCAGAGGAUCCUGGCGUCUCGAACACUGGAAGAAGCUCAAAGAACAACCUGUGCUGGUGCGGUCCUCAUCGUUCUGUUCUAUUUUGCCGCUUUUUCUCUCGGAGUGGCGAUGACACUCUGGUUUCAUGGCUGUGACCCUAGCUUAAUGGGAGCCAUUUCGGGCGUUGACCAGGUCUUGCCAUACUACGUUAAAACGUACCUCAUCAAUGUGCCCGGGCUUUCGGGGCUCUUUCUCGCUGGAGUCGUGAGCGCUGCAACAAGCACAGUUUCGUCUACAGUGAACUCCCAAGCUGCUAUUCUUUACGUAGAUGUGAUUGUUCAUCGGUACAAGAACGCUGAAAAACAUGUGCAAUGGAUUAAUCGCAGCACAGCACUGGCAUUGGGAAUUUUGAUGACAGUGUGCAGUAUGCUCUGUGCACACAUGGGCUCAAUGACACAGAACAAUGCCGGUGCUGUACCAUCGGUCCUGAUUUACAAGUCCCUUACUAUGGUGUACAAUGGCAUGACUGCACCUUUUGUCGGUUUAUGCCUACUGGGCGUCCUAUUCCCGUUCGUUCGGGCAAAGGGUGCCGGGGUGGCAACAACCGCUAUGGUUGUGUAUCAACUGUUACACAUCGCAAGCAUACUACGGAGUGGAAGAAACCUUCCCAGAAUGGAGACAUCCCUGGACUACUGCUUCCUCAACGGCAGUGGCAUUUCUUCGCCAUUAAACACUACCUUCGAUAUUCCACAGGAAGAGGCAAACGACUCGUUUAUCCUGUUCCGUGUGUCCUCCCUUUGGAGCAGCUUCUUUGCUAUUUUCGGUACAGUUUUGCUGGGAGUAAUCGUGAGCGCUGUGACAGGCGAAUUCAAAACCAGAGAAGACCUAUCUCCGUUGUGCUGGAAUUGUGCGGUGAGAUUUUGGGAAAAGUCAACAUUCUUAUCGCGUCAGAAAUCGGCAAAGGAAAGCAAGGCAGCAUAUUUCGGCACUGCUACACUGAACUUCGGAAUAGAAGACGCAGCGUUGCUUUCGCAAAAUAAAGAGACGUCUGCAUAAAUAAAAGCGGCACAAAGGGCAACGAACAAAGGGAAGCAACCCGACACAUUGGCAGGCUGUGCCGCAAAUAAACUGGGUAUGUGCCGUUUUUCGAGAAA